AUGGAGCCAGAAGAGUUUCCUCCUCAUGGCAGAGAGAUAAACUGGGAUAUCAAUGACAUGAGACUACCACAGGACGUGCAGGCCCCGGACUGGUUUGAGGAGUGGCCGGACUCCUCCGCGAAGCGCAUCUACAGCUCGGAGGACCGGAACGCUCAGAGGCAUCUGAGCAGCUGGGCCAUGCGCAACACCAACAACCACAACUCCCGCAUCCUGAAGAAGUCCUGCCUGGGCGUGGUGGCCUGCGCCCAUGACUGCUCGCUUCCCGCGGGAGGGAAGGUCUACCUGAGGCCGGCCAUCUGCGACAAGGCCCGGCAGAAGCAGCAGCGAAAGCGCUGCCCCAACUGUGGCGGCCCUCUGAAACUCAUUCCGUGUAGGGGGCACGGCGGUCACCCCGUCACCAACUUCUGGAGGCAUGACGGACGCUUCAUAUUCUUCCAGUCCAAAGGUACACAUGACCAUCCCAAGCCAGAAACCAAGCUAGAAGCAGAAGCAAGGAGAUCUGUGCAAAAAUGUCCCCUCUCAAUUUCCUUCAGGCAGACCGACCUCCAAAGGAACCCAGCUUCCAAGCCCAGGCCCCGGGACACCCGGAAUCCAGAAAGUUGGCCCUUAUUCAGGCCUCCCCCCGAAGCCCCCCUGCUGCCAGACAGUUCCAGUGGAUGUUGGACAGAGAACACCACCCAGAAUCAGGUAGCGAGUGCCUGCUUUUCCCUCGUCUCCAAGAGUUGCGGUUUCGGAAGCUCCACGCUCCCCAUCCCGGCUCCCGCCUCCUCCUGCCCCGUCGAUCGAUUGUGCGGUGCAGGGGCUGCGGUCUCUGGCCCCCAUUCUGGUAGAGCGGAGCCGCCUGGGUGGGCCACGGAGGCCACACCGGCCAGGAGCCCCUACCCUGCUCAGCCCCGGGUUGGCCAUCCUCUUCCUCUGACUGACCAACCCUUCGACAUCGUCCAUCCCAUGAACAGAGCGGAAACCAGUGCCCAGCCAGCCCCCAGGGGCACCUCCACAGCCAAGGCCGGACACCUUCCAUGGCGGCCUCCCCCUGGCUUGUCUGGGGGUGACCCGUAUGAAGAGAAACUGCGGGUGGAUUUCAGUAGCAACGGUGUCCUUCCUGGGUACCCCCUUCCCCAGGAGGACCCUUUCUUGCUUGCGUACACCCUGCGCCCUCCCUGUCCUCGCCCCCCGCUCACCCUCCCAGCCAAGGGCAACAGGUGGAACUUGGAAGAAGAAGCGGCACCAAGAUGCAGGGCCCUAGAUCCCUGCAUGGGGGAAAGCUUCUUCAGUCUCUAUCCUUUAAGGUGA